GUGUUUUGCGCCUGGGUCAUGUUUAACGCACCAGAGACUUCAAGAGUCCUUCCUGGGUAAAAAAAAAAUGAGGUCGCCCCAAAUAUAGGAGUACUGCGUCUGUGCCUACGUAAAUAAAUUCCAGCAAACCUGGCGGUAUAUUUGGCAAGGUUGAGUCUUGACUGGGAGCCUGGAGCGCGUAGUGGCGCAUCAGGACGAACGGGGGGCCAAAUGUGGCGACUUCCAUGCAUGGACGAGGCCGUUAGAAGUCGCGGUAGGCGGGACGGACAACAACCCGGAAGUAGAGGCUAUGUCAUCCGAAGAACUUGUAAGCAGCUGGGCAACUGCAAGAUGAGCUUUGACAAGGAGGAAUUAAAGAAAAGGCUGACGCCGAUUCAAUAUGAGGUCACCCAGGAGAAGGGCACAGAGAAACCUUUUACAGGGGAGUUAAAUGAUGAGAUGAGGGAAGGGAUGUACAAGUGUGUGGUCUGUGGAGCCCAACUCUUCAAGUCGGAGACAAAGUUUGAUGCUGGAUGUGGUUGGCCGUCCUUCUACGAUCAGGUCGACGAAGCCGCCGUGACGAUGACUGAGGACAACUCCUACGGCAUGGUCAGGACAGAGACAACUUGUGCAAAGUGUGGAGCCCAUCUCGGCCAUGUGUUUGAUGACGGUCCCAAGCCCACCGGCCAGCGCUACUGCAUCAACUCUGCCUCACUCAAGUUCGACCCAAAGAGCUCCAAGAAGGGAGAAGAACCCAAAUCUGAGCUGUGAGAAGAAGAUGUCUGUGUAGGGAGGGGGGUAGCAUGCCUG